GACAUGGAGAACCCGGUCCUGGAGCCCAGAUCAGAGCGCAUUGCUCGCUACAAAGCCGAGAGGAGGCGAGAAUUGGCCGAGCGCUUUGGCAACGUGGAGGAGCUGCCUUCCAAAUGGGUAAGGAGGGAUGGGAAAGAAGGGCACGACCCGGCGACCCGAGCCCACAGAGGGACUGUGGACUCAGAUGGCCUCAGUGAGAGAGUGAACGGCAGGACUCGAGGGUUCACAAAUGGAUUAGAGGAUCCUGCACAGUCCAACCACUUGAGAAGGCAGGGUUCCCCGGACUCUGCCAGCAUGCUGAGUGGGGAGGGGCACCUCGUUCUCCUUGGACUCGAUUCCCCACAGCUCCACACUCGAGUGUCGGUGGGCCAGUUGAGAAGUGCUCUUCUGCAGCAGACGGGGAGCGGAGCGCAGCCCGAGAAAGCUGGCCCUGAUGCCGGGCGAGCCACGUCCUCUCUGGAUCUGGCUGUGAAGCCGGGCGCUGAGGGGGGGCGCAGACGCACCCGGCGUUACCUCCCCGGCGGGCCGAGCGGCGGCCGCAAGACAAGUGAUCGCUUCAGGACGCAGCCGAUAACAGCCAAUGAGAUGGAGGAGAGCAGCGGGCUGCUGGACGCCGAGGAAGAGGAGAACUGUAAAGCUGAUGUGAAAACAGACGACAGAGCCAAAAUGAGCGUGGCGGCAAAGAUGUCUUUGUUUAAAGAGCUGGAGAAGUCUGCUGCCCCCGAGGCCUCCGCCCUGCUGAAGCCUCGCUCAGGCAGCGUCUGCCAUGAGCGCAGGGUGCGCCGUGGCAAUGACCAUCGAUUCCUGACUCAGCCAAUCACCUGUGAGGAAAUCGUGGCCAUCAGCGCCCCCAAACCAGCUCCUCCAGUGGAGCCCCAGGCUGCCCAGGCUGAGUCAGUGGAGGACAGUGAUGAGAGCUGUAAGCUGAGCAUGAGUGAGAAGCUCGCCCUCUUCAACAAACUGUCUCUGCCGGGGAGGCAGGGGGCCGAGCCCGCCGAGGGGCCCCCGGAGAGACGAAGGCAGAAGGGGGCUCGGUACCGAACGCAGCCCAUCACUGUGGAGGAGGUCAGCCUGCUCCAGAAAGGCCCCGUACAGCUUCCUGCCUUCCGUUUGUCCCCUCAUCUGUCCGACAGACAGCAGGCCUCGUCUGUCAACCUGAAACCCAGUGAGAUUCGCCUCUCCCAGCCCAGUCCUGACACCGUUCCCGUGCCCGGAGAGUCCUGCGGCUCCUCUCAGCAGAGCCAUGACUCUGAGCCGGUCCUGAGAGGAAUCCUGAAGAAGAGCUGCUCCGGAGGCUCGGAGUGGAGCCGGACGGACGGCGGUCAGACGGACGCUCCAUGUAGCCAUGAACAGAAUGGUGGAGGUUGUGAAGAAGCGGGGCUACAGGCGAGAAUGGAGGAAAUCACUGCCCCACCGCGGAGAGCGAGGAGAGAGGCUUCAGGUGUGGAGGGGGGGUCACUGCCGGCUGCUCCCUGGAGGCAGAGGGCUCGAACCAGGAGGGAAACCAUCGCAUGUACACCGAUAAGAGCGUCAGAGCUGGACGCUGCUCAGGAGGAGAGGCACAGUUCAGAUACUGCUGGGAGGGUUCAGCAGCAGAAUGAGGAAGAGAGUUUGAGGAGGAUGGAUGAAGAAACCUCAGCUGUGGGACACGUUCAGGUCACUCUGGUAGAUGGAGCUGUUAAACUGCAGGAGUCAACCGGCAGCAGCAGAAGUGAGGAGGAGACAGAAGCCCUCCCUGUUGAGCGAGUUAACCCUCAGUGCUGGACGAAUCAGUCCUUUGAGGCCCAAGAAGUCUCCUCUCCCACCAAGAACCUGAACCAGCCUCAGUGGAGACAGAAGGGUAAGGAUGCUGAGGAUGAGAUGGACAGAGUCGAGGAAAUAAAUACGGAGCAGGAAAAGGAAGAGAAAGAGGCCAACAGAGGUCAGUUUACUGCUCUGCUUUACUCUUUACUCUCAUCAUCUCUGUAUCUUUACCUUGUGUCUCGGACUUCUCCAGAAUCUCCAGAAACAGACAGAAAUGACGCCCCUUUGAACAAGGCCCGCUCCACUGAAGCUCCAGCAGGCACAUAUGAAGAAAUCUCAGAGCAGUCUGUGAUGGAGUUUGAAGCUGCGCAGAGCUGCUCGCUCUCUGCUGCUCCACAUGAGGUGAAGGAGGAGGACACACAGUUGGAGGAAACAAACGCAUUUGACGGAGGUUUCUACGGAGACCAGGCGCCGCCCUCUGCCUGCGGCCCCCCACCCUGCGGAGACGUCACGGCAGCAGAGAGUGAGCAGGACCUGGGGGUCCUCUGCCAGACCAACACACCCAUACUGACCUCAGCAGUAGCAGAGCACAGGCGGUCUGUGCGUCCGUCCCGUCGGACUCAGGGCUCCAGGAACCCUCUGAGGGCUCUGGCCGCCCGGGAGGACAUCCGGCAGGACUACAUGGGGGAGAGGGUGAACACAGCAGCUGAGGAGAGCAGCCAGGCAGAGAAGAAGUCCAAAAACUCGUCUGUGGCAGAUUCACAUCUCUCCGAUACGACCGUGUCUUCUCCUCCCUUCAGCAGCCUGAUGCUCAUUCACAUCAAAGGCAGGCGGCAUGUCCAGGUGCGUCUGGUGGAGCCCUCGGCCCGCUCGCUGAACAGCGGAGACUGCUUCCUGCUGGUCACGCCGGAGCAUUGCGUCCUGUGGAGCGGAGAGUUCGCCAACGAGCAAGAGAAAGCCAAGGCCUCUGAGCUGGCUUCAUCCAUCCAGACUCAGAGGGAUCUGGGCUGCGAGGCAUCCCAGGUGGUCCACCUGGAGGAGGGUCUGAAUUGUGACAGCAGCCUGGCUGCAGACUUCUGGAGCCUUCUGGGAGGACAGACACAAUACAGAGGAGCCAGUGCAGAGGAGGAGGACGAGCUGUUUGAGAGUGGAGUGGUGGAGUCCAACUGUGUGUACCGGCUGGUGGACAACAGGCUGGUCCCUCAUGAACAGGCCUGGGCCUCCAUCCCCACCGUCUCUCUGCUGGGCUCCACUGAGGCUCUGGUGUUUGAUUUCGGCAGCGAGGUGUACCUGUGGCACGGACAGGAUGUUUCCCUCAGCAGGAGGAACGUUGCUCUCCAGCUGACUCACCAAGUGUGGGUCGGAGCAUAUGACUACAGCAACUGCCGAGUCAAUCCACUGGAUCCCACGCAGUGCAACCCAAACACACAGCUGAGAGGAGAGGGGCGUCCCAGCUGGGCGUUGUUCGGUUGUGUCUCAGAGAACAACGAGACGACUCUGUUCAGGGAGAAGUUUCUGGACUGGACGGGCGGGAGUGGUGGAGUGGAAGAAGCUGCUGCUGUGAUCAAAGAGACACAGCCGGUCCCUGUUCUGUCUAGCCAGCCCGAGCUCCCAUCAUCAGACGUCCUGAGCGCCUGUGACGCCAAAGCUCUCGUGUCGGGUCAGUCGCUGGACGGCGACGCUGUGGUCCAUAACGUGCUGGCUGGGGUGGAUGUCCAGAGGGGACACGGAGUCAUCACGCUGGAGGAAGGACAUCAGAUGGAGCUGACGACAGUUUCUGUGGACACGUGGCACGUCCAGGAGUUCGAUGACAGUGAAAUCCCCGUAGAGAGCACUGGACAGCUUCACGAAGGAGACUCUUACGUCAUCCGCUGGACGUACAGCGUCAACACUGUCGAUAAGCUAAACAGCACAGAUGAGUGCAGCAGAGGUCCCGAACAGAAAGAAAACACCGCCUUCUUCCUGUGGCGGGGCCGGCACUCCAGCGCCAGCGGACGGGACACGGCUACUUUCCUCUCCAUCGGUAUGAACAACCACGAAGAGUCACAGGUGGUGGUUCCUCAGGGAAAGGAGCCUCCCUGUUUCCUGCAGCUUUUCCAGGGAGGCCUGGUUAUUCAUAAGGGCAAGCGAGAGGAGGCCUCCACUAAUGCAGCAGAGUGGCGUUUGUUCUGUGUGCGAGGAGAGCUCCCGGAGGAGGGCUCUCUGCUGGAAGUGGACUGCUGCUGUGCAGGUCUGAGGUCCAGGGGCUCUGUUGUCCUGCUCAACAGCCAGCAGGGGGUGCUGUACCUCUGGACCGGCUGUAAAGCUCAAAGUGGCUCCAGAGAGGUCAGCAAGAGGGCAGUGGAGCAUCUCACUCAGAUGUGUCCACCAGAGCUGGGUCUCAGUCAUAGCAGCCCUGUGAAGGUGCAGGUGGUGGAGGAGGGCUCAGAGCCGGCAGACUUCUGGACAGCGCUGGGACAAAUGGACAAGAAGGCCUACGACUGCAUGCUGCAAGAUCCAGGGAAGUAUAACUUCACGCCUCGCCUCUUCUACCUGAGUGCCUCCUCCGGAAGUUUCCAGGCCAAAGAGCUGCAGAGUCCAACGAGGCUGCCGGGGCUCGUGAUGGCAGCACCCUUCAUCCAGGAGAGUCUGUACUCUGCACCACAGCCAGCCUUGUUCCUGCUCGACAACCGUUUGGAGGUCUACCUGUGGCAGCGGGGUCAGCCUGAGCAGACGGAGAGCUCGGUUUCGGCCUGGAGCCGCUGGCACAACGAGAGGAGGUGUGCCAUGCAGACGGCGCUGCAGUACUGCAAAGAGAUGAACCCAAGACGCCCACCGCAGGCCUACCUCAUAUUGGAGGGGUUAGAACCUCUCACCUUCACUAACGUGUUCCCCCGCUGGGAGAGGAGCCUGGGACCCCACCCACAGGGCGAUGCGGGGCGGGUGAAGCUGACCUUGGUGCAGGACGCCCUGGCCCAGCUCAUGAAGACCCAGUACCCUCUGGAGGAGCUGCUGCGGAGCCCCUUACCUGAAGGCGUGGACCCCCAGCGCCUGGAAGUCUAUCUGUCUGAUCAAGACUUUCAGACUAUUUUGGAAAUGAAGAGAGAUGAAUACGCUUCCCUGCCAGACUGGAAGCAAAUUGAUCUGAAGAAAAGCAAAGGGCUGCUUUGCUAGACAGCGAAAACAAAUGGAGGCUGACUGACGCUCCUUCAGCAGGGAGUUCCUCCUCCAGCGAGAAGGGAAGAUGGCAGGGGGGUAUUAGCACCAUGUGGCUGCUCAAAAGGACUGCUUACAACGUAAUAAAAAGAGGAAAGAAAUUCACUUUUAUUUAUGUCAAAUUAGUAUGAGUGUGUGGACUUUUUAUCAGACAUGGAUUUCUCUGUAGCUAUUGUUCAGAGUAAAAAAAACCCCAACAAAAAACACAUUUUCCUAUGAAACAUAAUUUUAUCUGUACAAAUCAAUGAAAGAUAUAAAGGAAAAAGAUGUGUGAGAGUGAGGGAAGGACAUCAGUAACAAACUGUGGUACAAGGACAAGGAAAAAAAACAGAGUGCAUAAAAAAAAAUCAAUGCUAAUAAACAAUGUAAACAAGAAAAAAAAAGGCUAACCACUUUCUAAAGGUUUCCACCUCGAUCGAUAUCUUUUUAUCAAAACAUCUCUGCAUGCUCAGAGCUUUUGCUUACUUUUAAUAUUUAAAAAAAACGGCUGCUUUUCCCUCCUGAUUGUCCCCAAAAAUCUGAACUCAACCUGACUCUGUGAUGUGUGUUUUACAGUCGUGUGUCAUACGAUGUACUGAUUUGUCUGCCGGCCUUGUGUGUACAAAGGUUUGUGCCAUGUGUACUGUAGCUUAAGCCCAUGUGUUCAUUGUGGCUGAGGGUAAUGCCUUAUUAGGACUCCUUUGGGAUUCACUAUUAGCUAUGCAUGGGAGAGCAGGUAGACAUGCUCCAAUAACAUCCCUCUGGCCCAAAACAACACGCUAAUUCUGCUUCACAUCAAUCAACACAAUGUUCAAAUCCUCAUCACAACACAUAAACACAUACUGUUUCUCUCUAUAGUGUGUGACAGCGCAAUAUUUUUUGAUAAAAUAACCCUUUCAACAGCUAAUGGUGAUGUACUUAAAAUGUCUUCUUUGAUAUUUGUGUAAUAUCCUUUUUUCCUGGACGAAUGUAGAUAGAAACAGUAGCUACAGUUGAAUUUUCUUGCAAAUUUUAGAUUUUUUUGUUUUUUAAAUUAUUGUCAAUAUUAAAGAACAAGUGUUUCUUGACUCACUGUCCAGCAUUGACUUUCCAGAAUCAUCCAGGAGAAAAAACAACA